AUGGCCAAUGUUUGCCAGGCCAUGAAAGCAGGAAGGUGGUUUGUCCCCAACUGGUGGUGUUUGAGAGAUAGAAACAUCAUAGUCUCGACUUGGAUGAUCAGCUCGAUGAAAGGUAUAAGUCCUCGACUGGCACUUCUGAAAAGUGGAAGCAUGUUCUCCAUUAGUGUUUUUCAGGAUAUCGUCACGAAAACAGAUACGGUUGAUAAGCAUGUAACUAGUGAGACAGUGGCUGAUGAGCCUGUAGUCGAGGAUGAUGAUGCCAAAGAGGGCACAACUGAUAAGGCAAAGGCUAAUGUUGUGGAGUAA